AUGCGUGGUACCCAUGAACAGUGUUGGGGGCGUUUCAAAGAUGGUCGAAAGAAUGGGCAAGGUGUUUGCCAUUAUUCUAAUGGGAAUAAAUAUACAGGCGAAUGGGAACAUGAUAAGCAAACUGGCCAAGGCACUUUAAUCUUCUCCUCUGGUGAUCGAGUCACAUCGCUACUAAUAUAUAUGAAUGAUUCGAGGGCGAAUUCAAAGAUGGUAGACGAAAUGGAAAAGGUGCCUACUUUUCUCUUAAUGGAUGUAAGUAUCUCAAACAAUAAUGAGAGUUAUGAUAUUUAUGAACGGCGCUUGGGACGAUUUGAAAGGAACAAAAUCAAUGGAAAAGGUGUUUUCUAUUAUGCUAACGGUGACAAAUAUAUAGGUGAUUGGAUUGACGAUAAUCGAGAAGGACAGGGUGUCUUAAUCUUAUCGUCUGGUGAUCGAAUCCGUGAUGUUUAUGAACAACGCUUGGGACAAUUUAAAGGGCAUAAAAUCAACGGAAAAGGCAUUUUCUAUUCUGCUAAUGGCGACAAGUAUUCAGGUGACUGGAUUGACGACAAACGAACAGGUUAUGGUGUCUUCACUUGGUCUACUGGUGAUCGAUAUGAGACGAAAUAG